CUCAAUAAUUCUGGGCACUUUUUCAUGUUCAUCAUUUUUUUUUGGGAACUUAAUUGUCAAACUUUGUUUAUAUUGUGAAAAACUUUAAAAAAGUGAAUUUUUAAUUCAAGUGUUGUUUUUAAAAACAAAAAAAAAUAAACUUUGUUAAAAAAAUUUUGGAUAUUAUUAUUAUUUUGGAAAAUGUUUACAUCAUUCUUGGAAAAUUUCUGAGUUGAGUGGAUACUUUUCAAUUUGAUAUUUUAAAAAAAAUUUGUGGUCUCGUGUAUCAGAAAUGGUGGGUUUCUUUAGUGAACCUGUACCGUCGGGUGGUGGAACUGGUGAUACACGUCGUGUUGUAUGUUACCCCGAUUUACCAAUACCUGCAGCAGCUGCUCCACCAAAUCGUGAAGAAGUGUUUCGUAACGGUGGUGGAAUUGCUAAAGUUGAGGAUCAUCCAUAUCGUACUGCCGUACAGCCACGAUCAACAACAAUUGCUCCAAUAAUUGCGGCAGCGAAACAAGAACCUCGAGAUGAUCCCUAUCAGUGCAAUGUUUGUAAUAAAACUUUUGCAGUACCUGCAAGAUUAACACGGCAUUAUAGAACACAUACCGGUGAAAGACCGUUUCAAUGUGAUUUCUGUGAUAAAAAAUUUGGUGUUAAAGAGAACUUAAGUGUACAUCGUCGCAUACAUACGAAAGAACGUCCAUAUAAAUGUGAAGUAUGUUCACGCGCAUUCGAACAUUCUGGUAAAUUACAUCGACACAUGCGUAUACAUACAGGUGAACGACCUCACGCAUGCUCUGUAUGUAACAAAACAUUUAUACAAAGUGGACAAUUGGUGAUACAUAUGCGUACACAUACCGGUGAAAAACCAUAUGUAUGUCCGGUAUGCGAUAAAGGUUUUACAUGUUCCAAACAAUUGAAAGUCCAUUCACGUACACAUACCGGCGAGAAACCGUACAAUUGUGAUAUAUGUGGAAAAUCAUUUGGUUAUAAUCAUGUUCUCAAGUUACAUCAAGUGGCACAUUAUGGUCAAAAAGUGUACAAGUGCACGAUAUGUCAGGAUACAUUCACUAGUAAAAAAACAAUGGAAGCACACAUUAAAACACAUUCAGAAAAUGCAGCAUCAUCACCACAAUCGCCUGAUUAUCCUCAACAAGCAUCACCUGUUUCAACAACUUCAUCGAUACCACCCUUAUCACCAGGUGGAGCUAUCAGUUCCUCGACGAUGAUCUCCACAACUCCACCACCAUCUCAUCAACAAUCACAACCGACAGUAUUACAACAACAUAUAACACAAAUGGAAACGUUCAAUAGUGAAUCAAACGGUAGUGUAAGUGACAAAGAGAACAAAGACUUAAGAACAUCUCCAAUGCCAACACCAAUGGAACAAGAUCCUCACCAAAUGAAUCAUCAAUUCAUUCAAAUAAAUCAUCAAAGACAAUCACCUCCAAUAUCACACAGUGUAAUUAAUCAACAGCCAUCUUCACCACAUUGGUAUUCAAAAAAUUCCCCCGAGUAUGUGUUCUAUUUGCAAUCAUCAAACAACGGUGGUGUUAAUCCUGCACUAUUAGCUGCUGCAGCAGCGGCACGAGAAGAACGCACCAGUACACAAAGUCCACCACAAGGUACAACUUCACCGUAUGUCGAUUAUCCUGGUACAUCAGAUAUGAGAAACUUAGUCACAGCUUUCUUUCCCCCACAAAAAAUACCUGAAGAAAUCCCAUCACCCCGAUUGGAUCGUGGUAAUGAUAUUCGAAAACGUGUUGAAGCUGCAUUAGCGGCGGCUGCAAUCACAAGUAGUGAUCCUUUAUUAUUAACACCACCAAAUUCUCUUUCAACAUCACGCGAUCCAUCAAUAUCACCAGAACCACAAGAUUUAGAUCGUAAACCUAUCAGUCUACCACCACGAAAACGUUCAAAAGACAUUUUAAAAUCUAUGUUACAACAAGAUAUUAAACCGGUUUCCGUUGUUCCUGUACGAUAUUGUUCGGUUAUACAAUUUGGGGGAUCUUCGUUAUAAAAAUUUAAAAAAAAAAUGUGUUCUCGAUAAAGACAAAUUAAAUAAUAUAUUUUUCAUGUGUAAUUUCGUGAUAAUUCGCAUUUUCGCAAAAUAGACUGAUUCUAAUAAAUAUUUUUAAUUUAAUAGAAAAAAAAAACUACAACAAAAAAAAC